CCGAGCACCUCCGCUGCCUACGACCACCUCUAUUCUCUCCUCCCGCUCCAUACAGACCCAAUUGCUCGCCCGGAGCGACGCUGAUCAAAAUGGCCACCGACGGCAGCGAUCCGAUCCCCCCGCACAAGACCUUCGACACCAUCCUCGUGCUCGACUUCGGCAGCCAAUACUCGCACCUCAUCACGCGCCGUCUCCGCGAGCUCAAUGUCUACUCGGAGAUGCUCCCGUGCACGCAGAAGCUCUCAGAGCUGUCCUGGACCCCCAAAGGCGUCAUUCUCUCCGGCGGCCCAUACUCGGUGUACUGGGACGACGCGCCGCACGUCGACGACGCUGUGUUCGAACUCGGCGUUCCCAUCCUGGGCAUCUGCUACGGACUGCAGGAGAUUGCGUGGCAUUUUGGAAAGAACGUGCUUGCAGGCGAGAAGAGGGAGUACGGUCACGCGUAUCUGAAGGUCGAGAGGCAUGGCGACGGGGAGGCGGGCGGACACGUAGACAAGCUGUUUGCGGGCCUGGAGGACGACAUGGAGGUGUGGAUGAGCCAUGGCGACAAGCUGAGCCACCUGCCUGAGGACUUUAUCACCGUGGCUACUACCACCAAUGCGCCAUUUGCGGGCAUGGCGCACAGGGAGAAGAAGUACUACGGCAUUCAGUUCCAUCCCGAGGUCACGCAUACGCCCAAGGGGAAGAUAGUGCUCAAGAACUUUGCUGUGGACAUCUGCCAGGCCCGCACAGACUGGACCAUGGGCAAGUUCGUGGAUCAAGAGAUUGCGAGAAUCAGAAAGCUGGUGGGAGAUAAGGGGCAGGUCAUUGGGGCCGUCAGUGGUGGCGUGGAUUCCACUGUCGCCGCGAAGCUGAUGCAGCAAGCUAUCGGCGACCGCUUCCAUGCUGUCUUAGUUGACAACGGCGUGUUGCGACUGAAUGAGGCACAGCAGGUCAAAGAGACAUUGACGGCAGGCUUGGGCAUCAAACUCACCGUCAUCGAUGCCUCGGAGCGCUUCCUAGGCCGGCUAAAAGGUGUCACCGACGACCCCGAGAAGAAGCGCAAGAUCAUAGGCAACACUUUCAUCGAAGUGUUCCAGGAGACGGCCAAGAAAAUUGCCGCCGAAGCCCACAAGUCCGACAAGGCCGGCGGCAUCGAAUGGCUGCUUCAGGGUACCCUCUACCCUGACGUUAUUGAGAGCAUCUCCUUCAAAGGCCCGUCUGCUACCAUCAAAACACACCACAAUGUCGGUGGACUACCCAAGGACAUGAAUCUCAAGCUCAUCGAACCCCUUCGCGAGCUCUUCAAAGACGAAGUCAGAGAGCUGGGCAAGAACCUUGGUAUUCCGGAAGAUCUCGUCUGGCGCCAUCCGUUCCCCGGACCUGGCAUAGCUAUCCGUAUCCUUGGUGAAGUCACCCCCGAGCAGGUCCGCGUUGCACGGGAGGCAGACAACAUCUUCAUCGAGGAGAUCAGGGCCGCGGGCCUGUACAGGAAGAUCAGCCAGGCAUUUGCGGCGCUGUUGCCGGUCAAGGCCGUGGGCGUCAUGGGCGAUAAGAGGGUGCACGAUCAGGUUAUCGCGCUGCGGGCGGUCGAGACGACAGACUUUAUGACGGCGGAUUGGUACCCGUUUGAUGGCGCCUUCUUGAAGAAGGUGUCCAGGAGGAUCGUGAACGAGGUUAACGGCGUGUGCCGAGUGGUGUAUGAUAUCACGAGCAAGCCGCCAGGCACAAUUGAGAUGGAGUAGACGUAGCCCCGACGGGUGAUGCAACAGCCCGUUCGGCGGUGAACUUGGGAUACGAGCGGUGAUAGCUAUGACGCUUGGUACUUUGCAAAGGAGCAAUAGACGAUAGACUUUAGACGACAUGAUACCCAACCAGGCCAAGUACCGGUGCUUAGAAAUGAAAACAUG